AUGUAUCGCGCGCGCUUGUCAAGUCAAUUGAACAGAGGCAUCGCCGCCUCCGUGCGAGCAAGCGCUAGGCCGUUCCGACCGCUUCAGACUCGAUCAUUAGCCAGCGCAGUGAGUGUGCCGAGCGGAAAAGAACCUACAGAGCUUAGUAGCUUGUCCUAUCUACCAAAUGGAAUUCGCGUGGCAUCCGAGGCCCUUCCCGGAAGCUUUGCCGGCGUGGGUGUUUACAUCGAAGCCGGUUCGAGAUAUGAGAACAAUUACUUGAGAGGAGUGAGCCACAUUAUUGAUCGGAUGGCUUGGCGGUCGACGACGACUAAGAGCUUCGAUGAUUUGCAAAUGAUGGCGGAAUCUCUAGGAGGACACAUACAGUGUGUUUCCUCCCGAGAGUCUAUCAUGUACCAGGCCGCCACCUUCAACUCGAACAUUCCUAUCGCAACCGAGUUCCUCGCCGAUACGAUACAAAAUCCCCUACUUCUAGACCGAGAAAUCCAGGCAGAACUUGCGACAGCAGAGUAUGAGAUCGACGAGAUUUGGAAGAGACCAGACUUAAUCAUACCUGAAUUGGUACACAUGGCCGCAUACAAGGGCAACACUCUCGGCAAUCCGUUGUUAAUUCCUAAGGAGCGCAUACCAGAAAUCGACAGUGCGAUCUUGCGCACAUACCGAGACACAUUCUAUCGCCCAGAGAAGAUGGUCAUAGCCUUUGCUGGCAUCCCGCACUCUGAGGCUGUGCAGUUAGCAACUACCUUCUUCGGCGGUAUGAAGGGUUCCGAACGACCGAUCUUGUCACAGACGGGAUCCGAAACCUCUGUCGACUCGUUACCAGACAGUGCCAACGCCUCAACUUCUUCACUAUCAUCUACCUCAUCCUCUUCGCAGUCAUCUGGAUUCUUGUCAAGAAUGCCACUCUUCAAGCACCUCUCUACUUCUGCAAGCCGUAGUGCUUCAGUAUCUAACCAAGCUCUCGCACCGACACUGGAACAACUCGCCAUGCCCUCGCACUACACCGGUGGCUUCGUCGAACUUCCGCCGCAACCUCCUUCUACCAACCCUCAAAAACCCUCACAUACUUACAUUCAGCUUGCAUUUGAAGGAUUGCCUAUUCGAUCAGAUGACAUCUACGCACUUGCAACGCUUAACACUCUCCUCGGCGGCGGCGGAUCCUUCUCAGCCGGCGGACCCGGAAAGGGCAUAUAUUCAAGACUGUACACCAAUGUGCUCAAUCAGUACCACUGGGUCGAGUUUUGUCAAGCCUUUAACCAUUCUUACACCGAUUCCGGACUGUUUGGUAUCGCCGCUCAGUGCAAACCUGAACGAACGCAAGACAUGCUCAACGUCAUGUGCCAGGAGUUGAAGGCGCUUACUAUAGAUACUGGUUUUGCCGGCCUGAAAGAGGCAGAGGUCGAGCGCGCCAAGAAGCAGCUGCGUUCCAGUCUGCUAAUGAACCUCGAGAGCCGAAUGAUCGAGCUGGAGGAUCUAGGCCGACAGGUACAGGUGCACGGGUACAAGAUACCGGUACAAGAGAUGUGCCGAAAGAUAGAGAAGCUAACAGUCUCUGACUUGCGUCGGGUGGCGAACGAGGUUAUGGGAGGACUGGUACAGAACAAGGGUAAAGGAAGCGGUUCUCCAACCGUGGUAAUACAAGAGGUACAGGAUCCUCUCGGGUCUAGGAAGCAUGCAUCCUGGGAAGAGAUCCAGGACAAGAUCUUCAAAUGGGGUUUGGGUAGACGAUGA